CCUCGUCCACUAUUUAAUAUUUUGUAGUAAGCAAAUCCAAUUAGAGCACACUAAUAGGACCACAAAUUGUGAAAUAUUAUCCUGGCAACUACUGAUUUUCGAACAAAAGUGCAAUGAUUUACAACAAUCUAAUUUAAACUAAUUCGGCGAUGGUAACGAAACUAGAGUAUACCUUAGUGACUAUAACGAAAAUUCACCCAAGCUUCUCAAAUAAGCUUCUCAUACCUCUCUCAACUCUCAAUCACUAAAAGUCAAAACGCCAUGCCGCGCCACUCCCUGAAUUGGAAAACAGGAGGGAAAUUCAGAACACUACCGCCGCCGAUUGUCGAAGCAAGGCCUGGCGGCCGGCCAUCAAUUCCAUUCGCCACCCGUCGCCGGCUUCUGCUUCUCGGAAUCGGUAGUCUUCACGACUGAACAGGAUUCGGGAGUUCCUCUCAGUCAAAGAUUACGGUCGGCGCCGGAGGUUGUAGUGCAACUCCUUUGCCAUGAGAGAUUUUGCUCUGACCAGCGGCGCCAGCAAUAACAAAGCAAUCAAUGGACUGGAGAAGGAGGAUGAGCUUUUGUCCCAAUCCUCAAUUUUGCCCUCAAGGAAGAAACGGAAGCAAAUCCGCAAAUCCGCACUCAUCCACUUCCGGAGCUUCGAUGUCCCUCUUGUUUCCCCAACCACUGGUUCGGUUCUCACUUCCAUCCGCCUGGAAGCCGACCGGCCUUACGUCGUCGGUCGAGCGAGCGGCCACUGUGACCUUCUCGUACGCGAUUCCCGUGUCAGUAAGAGACACUGCCAGAUUUUGUUCGACGGUAUUCACCGUAAGGUUUAUAUUCUCGAUGGCUCAUUUCUUUUGCCUGAUGGCCAUGCUGCUGUUAGUGAGUUUAGGAAGAGACUCCUUUCUUAUAAUCAGUUGGGAGGGGAGGAAGCGGUGAACAUGGACUGUUCUGGCAUCCAAAAUUCUUUGAAUGGAGUGUUUGUUAAUGGUGUGAGGGUUGAGACAGGUGUGGUUAGAGAGCUUUGUGCCGGUGAUGAGGUGUUGUUUGUUUGUGGAAAUGAAGGUAUUUGUAGCUUAGGUAUUCGAAUUGGGUUUGUGAUUCAGGGCGUUGUAUUGACGGAGGAAGUUAUCUGGGGACUGGAUAGGGCUCAGUUUGAGAGGAGGAGGAAGAGGUUAGUUGAGAAUACCGCCUCGAUGGGGCAUUCCCAAAGAUCAAUUUCAGCUGGAAAGAGAAGCAAAAGAGUCUUUGCUUUCUCAGAAGGUGAGAUAAUGUCACCUUGUAAUGAGUCUUGGAGACCGGGAUAUGGUGGCAUUGCAAGAAGAGCAAAGUCUCUGCUUAGUCAAUGUCUGCAUAUAUUGCACAGUGAUGAUCCCAUGAGCUAUAUCAGACAAUUGGCUUUACCAGAGGUGGGGAUGAAUGCUCUGUCUUGCGUUAAGAAUGGAUCGAGCUCCCAACCGUGUAUGAACUUACUUGACACAAUUGAAGAUCCUAUGAAAGGUGAAGCUCUGGUUACUGGUGGUGAAGAACAUCCCUUUAAGAGUCCAUCUGUGCAUGAUGAUAAGCAAAAUAGUGAAGGAAAGGGUGAUGACAGGCAAUGUAUCUCUGACAGAGGUGACCAAAUGCAUAAAAUACAGAAUUUGACAUUACCAUCCGAGAGGGCAGCCAAGAAUGCUACUUCUGGUGUUCCAUUGUUGCCUAAUUGGAAUGAGGGAAACAGUACUCCAGUCCAGCCAGCCCACGUGAACACUUCAGAAGAUCAAAUGCGGCCCCCAGGGAAGAAGUUCUAUUUGAACCGCCUUCAGUUUAUGGAUCAUCCUUCGUCUACAAAUCAUAACACUAUCUCUUUGCCAGAACUGCUUUAUCCUGUCAACAGCAUUAUGCGAAUAUUUAUUGCUACGUUCACAAGUGAUAUCUUAUGGUUCUUAAAAUACUGUGGAAUUCCGUACGAACUUCCGGUAACAAUUGCAUGUCAUGACACUGAAAGAUGUUGGAGCUCCAGCCCUGGGCAACGAUCCUCAACACCUUACCCAGAUUACCCAAAUUUGGAAGUAGUGUUCCCCCCAUUUCCCGAGGCUAUAGCAUUUGGUAAAGACCUCAAGAAAAAAGGCAUCGGUUGUCACCAUCCAAAGUUGCUUGUUUUGCAAAGAGAUAACAGCCUCCGUGUUAUCAUCACUUCUGCAAAUCUAGUUCCUAACCAGUGGAACCAUGUGACCAACACCAUUUGGUGGCAAGAUUUCCCUGUCAGAAGUGAACCUGAUGUUUCAUCUCUUUUUAGAAGAAUGCCUAAUGGAGAAGCAACUCAAACGUCAUCAGAUUUUGCUGCUCAGCUGGCUAGAUUUAUGGCGUCGCUUGUUAUUGAUGUUCCUACUCAGGCACAUUGGGUUACCGAGUUAACAAAAUAUGACUUUGAAGGGGCAGUUUGCCAUAUAAUUGCUUCAAUACCAGGAAUUCAUUCUUACAGGACAGAAUAUACAUCUCGGUGUAAAUUGGCCGCACCUGUUGUGGAUUCUUUGGGUUGGGCCAAAGCAUCUGUUGUUGGUUUAAGCCAUCUGUUUCAUUCUAGGUCAGAUAUCAAAGGCAUUCAGCUUAAGAGUUUGGCCAGUUUUCUUAGUAGAACUCAUGAAACUGUGGAUGGCAUGUGUGAAGUUGUUUUGAGAAGAAACAUGAGCGUGGUGGCAGAUGCAAAUGCCGUUAGUGUUCUUGUUUCUAAUCCUGAUCAUGCUUCUGAAGGAGAUUGCGUGCAACUUGGUUUUCUGCCUAGAUGUGUUGCGACGUGGGUGUCGCCAUUGUGGGAUGGCGGAUACUUUAGUUUCUCUGGAUAUGUUUCUCCUAAAGAAGCCCUUGCUGUUGCUUUAGGAGGAAGCAGCAACAUAGUGCAACUGAGGUUAUAUGUGUUACACGGUCCUCGAUUUCCUGAUAUGAUGAAGUUGUUGCAAUUUAAACACGUUAUUGCUCUUUGUUCUCUCAUUGCCUCACUCCAGAGUUGUACAGGCCUUUGGCGUUUAGAGGAGAUUUUAGGUCGAUACAAAUGGCCUGAGUCACAGCAAUCUGAUUUCAUUUAUGGUGCAUCUUCAAUUGGGUCCGUCAGUGCACAAUUUGUCUCUGCUUUUUCAGCAGCAGCCGGGAAAAGAUCUUCAAACCUCCCUGAUUCUGAAGAAUCUGAUCCAGAGUGGGGCUGCUGGAGUGCUAGUCAAGAAUUGAGAAACCCAUCUAUGAAGAUACUUUUCCCUACAAUCGAAAGAGUAAAGAAGGCACAUGGCGGGAUCCUAUCUUCGAGGCGCAUUCUGUGCUUCUCAGAGAAAACAUGGCAGAAGUUGCGAACUGCUAACAUAUUUCGUGAUGCUGUCCCUCAUCCUCAUGAGAGAGUCGGGCGUCCAAUGCACGUGAAGGUUGCCAGGAGACAAUUCUGGCGUGGGACGCAAGAAGCUUCAGUUGGCUGGGUGUACUGCGGCUCCCAUAAUUUCAGCGCUGCUGCUUGGGGACAAACAAUCUCAAACUCCUCUUCAGGUCCAAAGCUUCGCGUUUGCAACUAUGAACUUGGGAUAAUCUUCGUCUUCCCUCCAACAGAUGAUGGCUCUAAUCAGGAUCAGGAAAGCUUGAAAGACAUCGUUCUGCCAUUCGCUGUACCAGCUCCAGAAUACAGACCAACAGAUAGACCAGCAACAGCUCGGGCAAUGAGAGAGGCACUAUCAGAACUUACUGAGUAUCACGCAAGACAAGCACGCGAAGAGUUGGCACGCAUAGAAGAAACUCAGGAGGUCCCUGAUGACGAAGAAGAAGAAGAAGAUACAGAGGCAAACAAGUAUGGCUUAGAGGAGAAAGAAGAAGAGAAGGCAUAUGCUGAGAUGCUGUGGAUUGAAGUCGACUCUUCUCAGAGCUCUCUCUCCGGAACGUAGGCGGAAAGCUACAGCACACUCAAAUAAUUUCUUUGGGAAGUUCAAAUCCUUCAUUGUUUCAAGAAUAAACUUGUUAGAAUAUAUCAAUACACGGGUAGAUAGAUGGUAGUGAGUGUAUAGCUUACUCCCCUUAUUAGAUGGGGCAGAGUAUUGUUAAAGGUUGCAUCAGGGAUAUCUUAUAUCUUCACUUUGUAAUUCGGCAUUCCUCUUCUUUUUCACAAAAUAAAAUGGAAUUACAACAGUCUGUAACCUUUGCUGUGAAUUUCUGUAACCUAUUGUUAGUUAAAUACUUCGGAAUUAUUGUUCAUGUGGACUGAUCUUUAAUCAAAGCGUAUAUCAUGU